GCCAGUACCCCCCUUUUUGUUCUAAACCAGUCAUUACCAUGUGUGGCACAUAUACAUCAAUAUGUUUUCCUAAGGUCAAUUUCCUUGCUUCUUGUAUUAAUGUCACUGUUGCUGCUACUGCUCGUAGGCACGAUGGCCAUCCAGCACUUACCGGAUCCAGCUGUUUGGAGAAGUAUCCCACUGGUCGCUUCCAGCUACCCAGUCUCUGCGUCAGGACUCCCAAUGCCAAUCUUUGUCUCUCGUGCACAAACAGCUGGAAGUCCUUGGUUAAAUCUGGUAAUCCCAGGGCGGGUGCUUUUAUUAACGCUUCUUUUAGCUUUUUAAAAGCUUCCUUUUGGGACCCUCCCCAAACGAAGGUCUGAGAUUUCUGUGCCUCAUAUAAAGGUUUAGCUAUCAGUCCAUAGUCCGAUAUCCAUAACCUGCACCAACCCGCCAUUCCAGGGAAUGUUCUCAGUUCAUGUAAAUUCCGAGGCUCUGGAAUAGCACAAAUCGCCUUUAUACGAUCAAUUCCCAACCUCUGUUGUCCCUGGGAGAUUUCACAGCCCAAAUACAUUACAGUAGUGCAGGCAAUCUGGGCUUUCUCCCUCGAAACCUUAUACCCAUUUAGUCCCAAUUGAUUCAGGAUCUCUAUUGUUACUCGUAUGCACAGUGAUUUUUGUUCAGUUGCAAUGAAUAUAUCAUCUACAUAUUGCAAUAAGAGAUAUUGUGUUCUUGGUACCUGAAUUUUCCCUUGAGUUACCCAGAGUUCCAAUUCUUUCGCCAGCUGAUUUCCAAAAAGCGUCGGGCUAUUCUUGAAUCCUUGUGGAAGUCUCGUCCAGGUUAACUGAGUCUUACGUCCAUUGUGUGGGUUUUCCCAUUCAAAGGCAAAGAGUUUCCUACUACUUUUGUCAAGGGGAAUGCAGAAGAAAGCAUCUUUCAAAUCGAUUACUGUAAACCAUUUAUAUUUCUCCUUUACAGAUGUCAACAAUGUAUAUGGAUUAGCCACUACCGGAUAGAUAUCCUUUGUUAUUUCAUUUAUUGCCCUUAAGUCCUGUACUAACCUGUAUUCACCAUUCGGUUUCUUUACUGGAAAAAUUGGUGUAUUAUAUUCUGAUUCACAUUCUUCUAAAAUUCCAAAUUUAAAAAAUUUCUCAAUCGUUUUCACUGUCCCAUAUCGUGCCUCCAAUUUUAUGGGAUAUUGUUUUAUCCGUACCUGUCUUGCUCCUUCUUUCAAUUUCACUACUACCGGCUGAGCCAUCUUUGAUUUUCCCGGAAUUUCUGUUUCCCAAACUGUGGGAAUCACUGCUUCCUCUACUUCUCUAGGUAUUCGGCCUUUGGACUGUCCUUUAACACUAGUAUCUGUCCGGAUUGUGAUUCCGGUACCUGCAUAAUCAAUUCUCCAUUUUCAAAAAUAAUUUUAGCGUUUAAUUUUGAUAAUAAAUCUCAUCCCAACAGGGAAACGGGACAGUCCGGCAUGUAUAGAAACUCAUGUAUCAAUUCCUUUCCCCCAAACCGUAAUUCCAGGGGUCGCAUGAAUGGCCGCACUUCCUCUCUCCCUGUGGCCCCUAUUACGGUGGUAGUCUUAUCCCCUAUUUUCCCAUACAGGUCAUUUAACACAGAAUAAGUUGCACCAGUAUCGACUAAAAAUUGUACCUCCUCUUCCCCCAGCCUUAUUUUCACUAGUGGUUCACCCUUUUCCGAUUCUAGUCAGCUCUGACUCCCAUAUUCUUCCAGAACCAUGGCUUUUGCCACCUCGGAUUCCCCGAAGGAGUAUCCAGAUUGCGGAUUCUGUCUCAGUCUCUGAGGGCAUUCAUUUUUCCAAUGCCCCUCCUGUUUACAAUAGGCACAUUGAUUAAUGCCUAAUAUGCCUGAUCCUGACCCUGGAUUAUUAAGUGUUCCAAAUCCUCUUCCUCGCCCACGCAUUAUUCCUCUACCUCUACCCCUAUUACCAGGGGUACCUUGUCCUUUGCCUUGUAUAUCUCGCUGUCGGGUCCGAUGUGAAACUGCGGUGACGGGACAUUCCCGUUCUUUUCUACAUUCACAUCCUUUAUCUACUUCUAGAUUCUCGUCAUCACUGUCAUCCCUUACUUUCCUGCUUCUUAAAGCAGGUGGGGUUGACGGGGCUGGUGGGGCUAUCAACAAAUCAGAAUCAUCAUCAUCUUUCUGAAAUGUUGAACUUGCCCACGUCGGCGCUGCUCACCCUGCCGCUGCCGCUCUUUUGUCCUUGGCGGCGGGGCUCGCCGCGCCUGCGGAGGUGGGAGGCGACGUCAGUUGCCGCAGCGGGCGCCGCGGACACGUCACGUGGCCCAGGCGCGCGGGUCGGGGGGCGCGCGCGGACAAAGGUGGGACCCGCGGCGGGGUGGGGGGGAGGGAGUGGUGUGUGUGGGACGGGACACGGGACGUGAGCGCUGCCGCUGCCACGGCCCGCUCCGACCGCCGCGGACACGGCGGAGCUACGGGCACCGCCGCGCCCUCCCGACACCCCCCCCCCCCCGAUAGCGGGGCGCAGACUGAUGCAACACCGGCGGGCGAUUGUCACACCGCCGGACGGCGCUUCCCGCGCCGCGGCCGCCUCUGUGUUUACCUCCCCUCUUCCCCACCGGCGACACCGGGCAUCCCCGGCGCUUUCAAUGGGAAAAUGCAAACCAGUCGCGGGACUUCAUCGCGCCGCAGCCGCUCGGGGUUUUUCCAUCCCGGCGGCGUGUCCCUGGGCGCACCCGCCACCGCGUGUCCCGGCGGAGCACGGCGGGACUGGGCGGCAAGGUGGGAGGCUUCCGCCGGUAAAGGCUGCGCCCUGAAAGUCGCCCCGUUCCUCCUGCCGCGCCGUACCUUCUCCACAAGGUCCGGAAAGCAAAACAUUAUUCACAGCCAUGCAUCCCAUACAUUUCUUCUCACCCACACAGCCUUUACAUUGUUCAUUCGAUUUUGCACUAACAACCAUUAUUCCACACGCCUUUCUCCAUUCAUCAUUGUCUCUUAACAUAAAGAACAGUUCCACAUAUGGGACCUCGUCCCAUUUUCCUUCCCGUUUGCAAAAUAACAUUAAUUGCAUAAUCGUAUCAUAAUCUAAAGUUCCAUUCUCCAGCCAACGGACUUGAUCCUCUAAUGCAUAUUGCGUCCACCACACAUUACAGUAAUCAAUCAAUUUCCCUUUUUGCAUCUCUUGUCCAAACCGUCCCUCCUUCCAAUGACUCAAAAUACACCCUAACGGCGAUGACUUUGGUAUCGGUGGCAUUCUGAGCUUAUUUAAAUACAGACAGACAAACUAAAUUACAAAAUAUAAAAAUAUACCGAAUAAUUUACCAGACCAGACCACUGUUGCCUGAACCUGCAGGGCUUUAUACCGAAUAAUUUACCAGACCAGACCACUGUUGCCGAACCUGCAGGGCUUUUGCCACUGUCUGACGGACGGCGCCUAGGCUUUCCUUGGAGCUCCAUAGCCCAACCACGCACGGCUUUCGCCGUGUCUAACAGGCAGGCUUUUACCAGACCAGGAAAUGGUACCAAUACCAAAUAAUAAAGCACCGUCUCUUACCAAUGCCGUUGGUCCGUCGAGAGCACCGGAGGUCGGUCGCGGUCGAUGGCUCCCCGAGAAUCACUCGGUGCCAGCUGGAGCUGGAUCGAUGCGCGAGCCGCCUCAGCAAUGCUCGCGAGGUCCCAUCUGGGUCGCCAAAACUGUUAGCCGAGAGAAGAACACAUAACCACUCUAAGGAGGUUAUAUGUGGUGCUUUAUUCCGAGGCCCCGGGAACCAGGGGUACGCACCCAAAUCUGGUUCCAAAGACCAUCACAACGUGUUCACAAUUUAUGCUGUAAAGUAUUACAUAUGCAUCACCUUUCCCAAUAUGCUGAUACAUAUUCAUGACCUAUCCCCGCUUCGUAUUAUAAUGAGUACAAAAGUCAUUUCCAUAUGUUCUGCCCUUGCGCAGUGCCUCCUGGUGGUCGCGGGCAGGGGUCUCAAGAUGAAGUAAGUAGUCUUCCUCAGAUGAAGUAAGACGUCUUCCUUGCUGUGUACUUUUCACCUUUCGAGUCCUGGAUAGGUUCCAACGAUGGUGCUUGCACCAGCAUUCUCCUUAUCUCUCUCUGACUGGUACUGGUAUGCAUCUUCGUUUCUUAUCUUAAAAGUUCUGCUUUGAAGUAAUCUGAGGAGUACUGUUUCGCUUGGAUAGUCUCAUAUAUCUAUGUCCACAUCCUAGUUACCAAACUUCUCUGGCUUAGCAACAGGCUUAACGGAACACAAAUCAAGCAAAUCACAAGUCUAAAUACUCUAUAUAUCUAACACCCUGACAUGGCUCCGGCUGCCUCACGCCUGUGAGGUUCCUCCGAUGGUUCCGUCGGGUCCAUCUCCGCCGCAAUCCCCACAGGCCUGGGGGGCGGCACACGGGUGACUCCCCCUCGCCCGCCCCAUACCGCCACCAGCGGCUCCCGCCUGCCCCCUGCCGGCAACGCGGGCCCCGCCUCGGCGCCCUCAGCAGCCGCCAUGCGCGGCGGCCUGCCCCGCCGCCAUGGCGUGCCCGGUCGGUGGGAUGGUGCCGGUGUUACCGGGGCUCUACCUGGGCGGCGCGGAAUCGUGCUCGUCCCCGGAGUCGCUGGCGGCGGCGGGGGUGGUGGCGGUGCUGACGGUGGACGCGGAGGAGCCACCGGCCGUGCCGGGGGUACGGGCCAUGCACGUACGGGCGCGGGACGAGCCGCACGCCGACCUGCUGAGCCGCCUGGAUGACUGCGCUGCCUUCAUCGGCGCCGCAAGGGCGGGCGGCGGCGCCGCCCUCGUCCGCUGCCAGGCCGGGGUGAGCCGCAGCGUGGCCGUGGUGACCGCCUACCUCAUGAAGACGCAGGGACUCGGCUGGGAGGAGGCCUACGCCGCCGUCAGGGCCGCCAAACCCGACGCCGAGGUGAACCCGGGUUUCCAGGCGCAGCUGAAGCUCUACGAGGCCAUGGGCUGCGCCGUGGACAGCAGCAGCGCCCUCUACAAGCGGUACCGGCUGCAGGUGCUCACGGAGAGAUACCCCGAACUUCAGGACUUGCCUCGAGAGGUCUUUGCUGUUGAUCCAACCAGUAUAUGUCAGACUCCAAACACAGAGGUUCUCUACAGGUGCAGGAAAUGCAGGCGUGCUCUGUUCCGUAGUUCCAGCAUCCUCUCCCACACGGAAGGAAGCGGCCCGACAGCCUUUGCCCACAAGAGGAUGACGGACUCUGCUCAGCUUUGUGGUGACAGCCGUGAGAAGUGUACCUCUUACUUCACCGAGCCUGUGCAGUGGAUGGAGCCGGCGUUGCUUGGAGUAAUGGAAGGACAGCUGCUGUGUCCCAAAUGCAUGUCGAAGCUGGGCUCCUUCAGCUGGCGGGGGGAGCAGUGCUCCUGCGGCCGCUGGGUGACACCCGCCUUCCAGAUCCACAAAAGCCGCGUGGAUGAAGUGAGGACACUGCCGGUCGGGAACUUCCACACUGCCAAAACCUGAACUCCUCGCUUCUCUCGAUGGAUUUCUUACUGUCCAUGGAGAACUGGCCAGGCUGCAGCUGCCAGGACUGAGCUUGUGACCUCCACCCCUUUGGGCGACAGUGGGAUUACUUGCACAUCUACUCUGUUCAGGCUUGCUGUAUCUCUAAUAUAUGUAAAACAGCAAAACAUUUCCAUCAAAGAGGUGUUACACAGUGGUCAAACAGGUACAACAAUGCCUGAAUAUAAUGUUUUCAGUAUAUUCCCACUUUGUGUGGUGCUGUUUACAGGUGGUUUCAGCUCCUUAUUGAAAAGGAAUGCUAACUUCUGGGCUGUGGCCAGCACUGAUGCUGAUCUUCCCCUCCAGAGGUUCCAAUCACUUUGUCCAACAUUCAUAUUUAGAGACUUCAGGAGGUAUAUUCCAGAGCAGAGAAAAACUUUAAGGCUCUGCCAGAUUGAUUUAAAGAAAUCCCUAAAAUGAAGUAGUAAGGUGUUAAGCAAGCUGUGAGCUGUCCUGAGGGUAUGCUGUGUACACCACACGGGCACAGGGUUGGUUUGGUGUAAGAAAAGAGGAGAGAUAAAACCUACUUUAAAUCAAUUUUA